UUCCCGGGCAUUUCUAGUUGAAUUGGAAGUUGGAACUCGAGACCCCAAAACCUUAAAAUCUUGCACUUAUCAUUUUCUAAUAAAAAAACCUUCAAACCUUUCUCUUUCUUCUUCCUUCCCCUGAAAGAGUGUCUGUGUGACUGUCAGUAAACAGGACUUACAGGAUAUGUCGAGUUGUUUCUCUCAUCCAAUUCCCUAUGCUUGCUCUCUACAUCAGAAUUGUUAUUGCCCCUACUCGACCACUUCGUCAUGUAAAUCUCCAACAUUCCGAGGAAACCCUAAUUCUACCGUUCGGCUUCAAGCCAUCCCUAGAGCUUCACCUCGCAAAAACCCUGCAAGCCGCUUGGAAAACCCAACACGAAAGUCAGAACGUCAAGUUCUUCGUGAACCAAUUGAGAAUCAAAGCCCAAGUCCAAAUAUGUCGUCCGCUUCCUCGUUCUUCAAUUUGACUACUGGUCUUCUUCAUCGCUUAAGGGACAAGUUGAGGGUUGAUGAGAUUGCGCUGGAUAUUUUGUCCAUUGCAUUGCCAGCUGCAUUGGCUCUGGCUGCUGAUCCAAUUACAUCGUUGGUUGACACUGCGUUCGUUGGCCAUUUGGGAUCUGUUGAACUAGCGGCGGUUGGCGUGUCAAUUUCGGUGUUCAAUCUGGUGUCCAAAUUGUUUAACGUUCCCCUACUUAACAUUACGACAUCUUUUGUUGCCGAAGAGCAGGCCUUGAUCAAUGACGACAAUGAUCUCUCUCCCAUAAAUGGCGAUGAAGGUUUUGAUUCUCCGUCCAUGCCUCGAGAACGUAUUGGCGAUAAACAAGACAAGAAGUACCUCCCUGCAGUUUCUACUUCUUUAGCGUUAGCUGCUGGCAUUGGCAUCUCAGAAACCAUUGCACUCUCUAUUGGUUCGGGAUUCCUAAUGAAUAUCAUGGGUAUACCUGCUGACUCACCUAUGCGCUUGCCAGCUGAGCACUUUCUUACUCUGAGAGCCUUUGGUGCUCCACCAAUGGUCAUUGCGCUUGCUGCACAAGGCACCUUUCGUGGAUUUUUGGACACAAAAACACCUCUUUAUGCCAUAAGUGCUGGAAACUUGCUCAAUGCGAUAUUGGAUCCAAUUUUGAUAUUUCUCUUUGGUUUUGGCAUUGGUGGUGCUGCAAUUUCUACAGUGAUUUCAGAAUAUUUAAUUGCUUUUAUCCUUCUCUGGGAGUUGAAUGCAAAAGUACUGCUUAUCCCUCCAAACAUGGAACGGAUGGAUGUUGCUAGAUAUCUAACUUCUGGUGGCCUUCUAAUUGGAAGAACCAUAGCUGUGCUUCUUACCAUGACACUAGCGACAUCCAUGGCUGCUCAGGAGGGACCUAUUCCCAUGGCUGGUUAUCAAGUCUGCUUACAAGUUUGGCUGGCAAUCUCUCUUCUUAAUGAUGCUUUAGCACUUUCUGGUCAGGCCCUUCUUGCUGGUGAUUACUCUCAAGGGAAUUAUAAACAAGCUCGCCAUGUGGUCUACAGAACUUUACAGUCUUUUGGAUCCAUUCAGAUUGGUUUAGUAACAGGGAUUGCUUUGGCUGUUAUGUUGUUCAUUGGGUUUGAGGCAUUUUCUGGCUUAUUCAGCACUGACUCUGCUGUUUUGGGAAUUGCCCGAUCUGGUAUUUUGUUUGUUGCUGGUUCUCAGCCAAUGAAUGCACUUGCAUUUGUUCUUGAUGGACUCUACUACGGGGUUUCAGACUUUGGCUAUGCAGCAUAUUCAAUGGUGCUAGUUGGAUUGGUCUCUUCUGUUUUCCUAUUGAUUGCCACUCCUCUAUAUGGCCUUAGUGGAGUCUGGGCAGGGUUGUUUCUUUUCAUGACACUGCGAGUAGUUGCUGGAUUUUGGAGGCUGAGCACAAAAGGUGGACCAUGGAAAAUGGUGUGGUCUGAAAUUGAUCAGAAGAAUGACUGAGAUGCAGUAAGUUUUGCUUUCAAACACAUCCAUUGUCUACUCACAGUGAUGAAA